AUGCUGGGAACAAUGACUGUUACCUACACAGCCAGAGUUGCUAACGCACGCUUCUGUGGCUUCUCCAAGCUGCUUUUGGCCUGGAAAGGAAGUAUCUACAAAGUGUUGUAUAAGGAGUUCCUUGCUUUUUUUGCCAUGUACUCAGCCAUCAGUAUCACAUACCGAUUUUUCCUCCCAGAUGACCAGAAGAGAUAUUUUGAGAAGCUGGCAAUUUACUGCAACCAUUAUGCCAGUCUCAUCCCAAUGUCAUUCGUACUGGGUUUCUACGUGACCCUAGUGGUGAACCGGUGGUGGAACCAGUACACCAGCAUCCCGCUUCCUGAUCGGCUUAUGUGCAUCUUGUCGGGGGGGCUCCAGGGUGCUGAUGAGCGAGGCCGACUGCUCAGACGCACCAUGAUGCGCUAUACCAGUCUGUCAGCCCUGCUCAUCCUCAGAUCUGUCAGCACGGCCGUCUUCAAGCGUUUCCCUACCAUGGACCAUGUGGUCGAAGCUGGAUUCAUGACCAGAGAGGAGCGCAAAAAGUUUGAAGGCCUCCACUCUCCUUACAACAAAUACUGGAUCCCUUGUGUGUGGUUCACCAACCUGGCUGCUGUGGCCCGCUGUGAGGGUCGCAUCAAGGAUGAUCACACGCUCAAGCUGCUGCUGGAGGAGCUGAAUGUGUUCAGGGGAAAAUGUGGCAUGCUGUUUCAUUAUGACAUGAUCAGUGUUCCACUGGUCUAUACUCAGGUCGUAACUUUGGCUGUAUACAGUUUUUUCCUGGUGUGUCUGAUUGGCCGCCAGUUCCUGGAUCCUAAUCAAGGUUAUCCAGGCCAUGACCUUGACCUAUAUGUGCCUAUCUUCACUCUGCUACAGUUUUUCUUUUAUGCCGGGUGGCUCAAGGUUGCAGAACAACUGAUCAACCCUUUCGGAGAAGAUGAUGAUGACUUUGAGACAAACUGGUUGAUUGACAGAAAUUUCCAGGUGUCCAUGAUGGCAGUGGAUGAGAUGUAUGGAGACCUGCCAAUGAUGGAACGAGAUCGCUACUGGAACGACUCCAACCCUCGCCCACCGUAUACAGCUGCAACUCUUUUUGUCCUCCGCAAACCCUCCUUCCAAGGUUCAACAUUUGACAUGGCGAUUCCAAAGGAAGAGAUGCACUUUCAGCCCCUGGAGGACAUUGCCGAGAAUACGGAGGAGUCAGGCAGCCGUCACCCCAACAUGGCUCUCUUCAACCGGCUCCUUAACGCAGCCCCCUCACACGCAGGCUUCAUGAGCGGAGCCCUUCGUCGCACAUCGGCCCAGCUCCAGAGACUCUAUCAUUCGCCCAGCAUUGACCAGUGCGUCAGCGAUGAUGAUGAUAGUGAAAGUUGUAAAAUAGGGAAAGGGGGCUCAUUGCCAUCUGGGCUAGGGCAGGACACCCAGAGCACCGUGUGUAGUUUCAGGGAGGAGAAGAGUGCCAGAGUGCCUUUGCUGGAGAUUCAGUUUGGAGUGGAGCAGGAGAAGCCAGGAGGCCACUUUGACAUCAGCCAGGUGGAAGAAGACACUGGAACGUACAGGAGUGACAUUGAAGAUAAUCAUUUGAAAAAGGAGGAAGAAGAGAAAGCAGAGAUCCCAUCUCCUAUGGUGCACCUUCCUGCUCCGCCACAGCAUUCGAGAGCAACUCGACCAGCCUCCACCAUUCCUUUAACCUUCCAUCACCCCUCUCCUUUCCCCUUUCACACAACUUCCCACUCCAGUCUGGAGCACUGCAGCUCACAGCCUGUUAUCACCCACCACAAACCUCUGUCCUCAAUUCCUAAUCCUUCUUUAGGUCAACACAAAAUGUCUUUUCUCACUGUCCCAUCUUUGGAGCCCCAGCGCUUCCGGAGUGUCAGCAUGGGAUCAGAGCUGACUGGGACUUAA